AUGCCCCCCAACACAAUCCUCAUCCUCGGCGGCUCCUACGCCGGCAUCUCAACCGCCCACUACACCCUCAAACACGUCAUCCCCUCCCUCCCAUCCCCAGACUCCUACCAGGUGAUCCUGGUCAGCAGUUCGCGCGAGGUCCUCUGCCGCCCUGCAGCCCCGCGCGCCCUCCUCUCAGACACAUACUUCGACCAGUCGAAGCUGUUCGUGACCAUCGAAGAGCAGUUCACGCAGUACGGGCAGAAAUUCCACUUCGUCCACGGGCGCGCGAAACACCUCGACCACACUCGGCGCGUUGUGGUCAUUGAUGAAAUCACGCAGACGACCACGAAUACCGGGCCCGUCCACGCUGAACUCCAGCUCAGUUUCCAUGCGCUUGUUAUUGGGACGGGGGCGUCGACGCACUCCCCGCUGUUUAGCUUGAAUGCACACGGGAGGCCUGAGCUCGUUGCGAAAUGGAAGGAGUUCCGCACGGCUAUGGCAGACGCAAAGAGUAUCGUUAUUGCCGGGGGUGGGCCCACGGGCGUCGAGACGGCGGGCGAACUGGGCGAGCAUCUUAACGGCAAGGCAGGCUGGCUGAGCUCGAAGAUGGCGAGUCCGAAGUGCAGAAUCACGCUGGUGACGUCUGGCACGGAUCUCCUGCCCGUGUUGCGUCCUGCAAUCGGGCAGACGGCUGAGUCGUACCUGGCCAAGCUGGGUGUUGAGGUUGUUAAGGGUGUGAAAGUGGAGGACGUGAUCCCCAACGAUGCAGGGAACGAAGCGCUGACCGCGAAGUCCGAAGUCCGUCUUAGCGAUGGCGAAACACGCCACGCAGACCUGUACAUCCCGGCCUACGGCACAAUCCCCAACACCUCUUUCAUCGACGAGUCCCUUCUCUCCCCCGACGGGCGCGUCUCAACGAACCCGUCGACCCUGCGCGUCGAUAAGGCGGGACCCCUUGUCUACGCGGCCGGCGACGUCUCCGACUACGCACGCCCGGCGGUCCAUAUCCUCACGGAAGCGAUCCCCGUGCUGUGCGCGAACCUGAAGCGCGAUCUUCUGGCUGAGACCGGGGAAGCUGCUGCUGAGGAUAGGGUGUUCAAGGCUGAUGAGAGCGAGACGCAGCUUGUGCCUAUUGGACGGGGGAAGGGCGUGGGUGCGGCGAAGGGGUACCGCGUGCCGAGUUUCUUUGUUUGGUUGAUUAAGGGGAGGGAUUAUUGGUUGGGGAUGACGGGUGGGACGUGGAGUGGGAAGGCUUGGGCGAAGGAGGUUUGA